UGUUUUCUUUCAUUACACUCUUUUUUUUAUUCAAAGCAGCCUCUGUCACACUUAAAGAGCUUAUGUGAACUGAUCUGUGGUAGUUGAUUUGCAACCAAGGUGACAGAGACAUCUUCAAGAUGAAAAGAAUGAUGACUGUCCUGUGGAUGUUUUUCAUCACCUUACUCACAGCACAGUGUCAAGAAGGACCCAGUGUCUCCCAAAUGCCAGGUCUAAUAUCCCAAAAGGAAAAUUCCUCAGCCGAAAUCCGAUGUGCAACAUCUUUGAAGGAAAUGGAUGGCCUGUAUCUGAGGCGUCGCUAUGCCCAAAAAAUGGAUGUCCUCUACGUGUUUCUUUCAAACAUGACGAGCACUGUAGUUAAUCAGUAUCAACACCGGCUGUCUGUGAAAGGCCAGUGUUGUGAUUUUGUGUUCCUUAUCUCCCAGCUGACAGUCAGGGACAGUGACGCAUACUACUGCACCUGGAGCAAACUGGACAUGGAGAAAGCCCAGAUGAUAAACUACGACAGCAACGGCACAAUGAUCAUUGUGAAAGAAAAAGACCCAAUGGAAGAGUGCCACAGAAGAAAAAACAUCAAUCAGAUUUUAUUCAUCAUCAGUGUGUCUAUGGCUGUCCUUGUAAUUACUGUCUUUACAUGCACCUUUAUCUGGUGGUGCACAGGGAAAAGGGACACUUACAAACCUGCAAGAGCUCACCAAAGAAACCAGUACAUAAAGUAUACAAAAGGGACGGAGUACACAAAUAAUUUUACUGAUGUUCCAAUUAAACUACCUGGAUACUGCGAUGUGAUUUAAAUUAACUGCAUCUUACCUAAAGUGAUAUACACAACUGCAGAAAUUUAAAGAACAGGACUGAGCAAUCAAAUGUUAAAUACAAAAAAGAGGCCAAUCAAAGCACAGCUUUGUACAGUAUCUGGUGUAUCAGGGUCUAAACUAAAAUUAGGUUAAUGAAGAUUUAAGCUUCAAAAUGAGACUUACAAAAGAUCUGUCAAAAAGUAGAAAAAUAUAAACAAAUUCACAUCAAAGAAUUCUUAAACUUCAAAAUGUCAGCAAAACCAUUUUCCCCCCAUUACCCCAUUUGCUAUUGUUUUUAUGGCUCUAAGAAAUAUUUAAAAAUAUUGCUAUAUUGUGGCAUUUGUGCUAUAAAUCUGAGGUUCUAAAACUCUUUAAUUAAAUUAUUGGUUAUGGCUUAAAUAUCUGACAUUACAGAACACAAAAUACACAACAUUGCACAAAUGCACAACUCCCAUGCCUUAAUUUUUUCAGUCUAGAUUUUUAUUAUGAGCAAAAACAGAUUUUUUUUUUAAUGGGCGAUAGUUUCACAGUGAGUUGCUUCUUGUUUAUACUGUACAAUUUCAUUUCCAAUAAUAUAUUAUUGUGUUCACAACAGAAACAACAAGUGAAAAUGAAACUUAAAAGCUGGUUUCAUAAUUGCUGAGAGCCUUUCAAUAUGGAAUUCCUACUGUAGAUAAUGUAUUAUAUCAGAAAUCUGUACAUAAAGAAACUUAAUAUAACAAAUAGCCUACAGAAUUAAACGUAUAUGUAAGUUUACAAUGUCGGAUUCAGUUGUGAAAUUUUCCUUUAAAAAUAGCUGAUUGGUAAUUGUUCAGAAUUAAAUCAAUAAACGGACCUCGUUUAACCAGUUAACUAACAUUUGGAACAUUGGAAUUUAGUUAAAUUUCAAAGCUUGUUAAUGCCCAAAACAGACAUGGAAAGAAAGUUGUUCCUGUGAUACCACCUCUGUUUAAUGACAGAAGCUUCUUCACUGUAUCCAUGGUGCUGAUAUUGUUCAAUACAUUAAACUAGUAGAUUUACAGACAUGCUACUGUACAGUAGCUUCAAAUAUACUGAUGUGCAAAAAAUACAAAACUCAGAUAUAUGGAUUUAGUCUAAUAUUUAAGACAUAGAUGUCAAAUUAAAAUCACUGAAAAUGUGAAAGAAUGUGAAAAAAAUAUACAAAUCAAUUAAUCAUAACAUAUUUCAAUAUGGCAAAACUGCAAUUUACCAAGUUAGCAUCUAUUAUGAGCCUUGAUACAAUCCUGGAAGCUACACACACAGCCUCUUGAUAGACUACUGUGGGAUGUUCGGCCACUUUUACUUAGUACUGUUAGGUACAGCUUGCUGUGUUCUAUACAACAAUGUUUCUUUCUGCCAAGUGCUUUAUAUUGUUAAAUUAUUACCUCAUUUUUUUGUUUUUUAAUAUUCUAAAGUAAUCCAAUUCAGUUCUUUUGAAAGAUAAUUACAAAUGUAGUAUCUUACGUCAAUGUGCAAUAUUCUUUCA